AAUGACUGCUGGUUCAGUGUGUGUUCCUCAGAUCAUACCACUGCGAGUGCCUCAGCCUGGAAAAGCCAACCAUGAAAUUAGUAACAAUACACUUUUGGAAAUGAAAUCAGAUACUCCAGAUGUCAACAUAUAUUAUACCCUGGAUGGCAGCAAGCCUGAAUUUCUAAAGAGAAUUGGUUAUGGUGAAAAUAAUACGUUUAAGUAUACAAAGCCUAUUAGUCUGCCUGAUGGAAAAAUACAAGUUAAAGCUAUUGCAGUCUCUAAAGACUGCAGACAGAGUGGCAUAGUAACAAAGGUGUUUCAGGUUGAUUAUGAACCACCAAAUACAGUCUCUUCAGAAGACAGUGUUGAAAAUGUUCUCAAAGAUUCUUCAAAGCAGGAAUGGAAAAACGGAUUUGUUGGAUCAAAACUAAGGAAGAAAUCUAAGAAUGCUGAAAAUAAACUGGGUUGGAAUGUUAAACUUAGAAAGUUUCUAGAGCUCGAAGUAGGUGGAAGAACUGAACCUAAAACAUUGAAAGAUCUUCGCUUCUCAGAUAGUCCCCUGGAAAUCCCAGCUUACUGUGAAGAAUCACGUACUAGACCACCCACCCACCAGUCCCAGUUCCCUAGCUUUGCGCACAUAACUGGCCAUAAGAGUUUGACAGCCACAGAGAUCAUGAGAAUUCAAAGGGAGACAGACUUUCUCAAGUGUGCCCAGUGCCUUGCUCCACGCCCAUCUGAUCCCUUUGUUCGCUUCUGUCAAGAAUGUGGCUUUCCUGUCCCACCCAUAUUUGGUUGUCUCCCACCCCCAGAAGGAGGUCAGAUAGGCUUGUGUACAGAAUGUGAAAGCAUGGUGCCCAUGAACACUCCUGUCUGUGUGGUGUGUGAGGCUCCUCUUGCUCUACAGCUGCAACCACAGGCCAGCCUCCGCUUGAAGGAGAAAGUAAUCUGUCGCACCUGUGGCACAGGGAAUCCUGCUCACCUGAAAUACUGUGUCACCUGUGAGAGGACCCUGCCUUCAUCACAAGAGUCCAUGUACAGUGGAGAUAAAGCCCCUCCUGCGCCCACUCUGAAAGGGGAGAUCAUUUCCUGUCCCAAAUGUGGUCGCCGGAAUCGCCGGGGUGCUUGCUUCUGUGAUUGGUGUGGAGCCACGCCUGGCAUUUCUACCUGCUACUCUGUUUGCCCUAAAUGUGGGGCCAGCAAUCCCCCAUCUGCCCGAUUCUGUGGCUCCUGUGGUAUUUACCUGAAGUCUUUGGCAAAACUUAGUGUGGACAACAGCCUGGCUGUAGCUGCUGGAGAACCUGGCUCUGUUGCUGAGCCCCGAUCUGCCUGGAAGUCCCUAAAUGUCCCUUUACCCAAACCUGAUUUUGAGACUAAAAAGGAUGUAGGUACACAGACUGCUGGCCUGUUCUACCCAUCUGGCAACCUACUAGCAAAAAGGGAACUAGAAAUGGCUUCUCAUAAGCAGAGGCAGGAGAAAAUGAGUGACCACAAACCUGUCCUCACAGCCAUCAGUCCAGGAAGAGGAUACUGGAGAAAACAGUUGGAUCACAUCUCUGCUCACCUCAGAUCUUAUGCUCAGAACAACCCCGAAUUCCGGGCUUUGAUUGCCGAACCCAGGAUGGGAAAGCUUAUUUCUGCUACUGUCCAUGAAGAUGGCUAUGAAGUUAGCAUCAGGAUGAAUUAUAUUCAAGUCUCAAAUAAGAACCUUGACCUCAGUAAGACGGUGAAUUUCAGCGACCACUUUCUGAGCAGUGUCACCGAGGGUGGUAAUGGCCUAUUCGGCAGCAGGUCCAGCUUGGUGAGUGACUGCAGCCAGAGCAUCUCAGAUACCACUGAAAAAAUCAAGAGGAUGAAGACUUUCAAGACCAAAACAUUUCAAGAAAAGAAGGAGCAGCUUACACCUGAAAACAUACUCCUGCUGAAGGAAGUCGGACUGAGAGGAGGAGGAAGAGUCUCUGUGAUUGAACAGUUACUUGAUGAAGGAGCAGACCCCAACUGCAGUGAUAAUGAAGGCCGACCCGUUAUUACCGUGGCUGUGAUCAAUAAGCACCAUGAAGCGAUCCCAGUUCUCGUGCAGAGAGGAGCAGACAUAGACCAGCAGUGGGGACUGUUCCAAAAUACAGCUCUUCAUGAAGCAACUCUGCUUGGCCUGGCAGGAAGAGAGUGUAUCACUACUUUAUUGGGAUGUAACGCAAGCAUCCGAAAGAAGAAUACUAGAGGCCAGACAGCCCAUGACCUGGCUCUGACAAUUGGGGAUGAUCUCAUCACCUCGCUCUUCACUGCUAAGCUCGGCCUUGCUGACUGA